AAAAAAAAAAACGGAGGAAAGGAAUGGUCGAAAUUGACCUUCCAACAAAUAGUAACCCUAGUGAGGAAACACGGGGAGAACAGAAGAGAUCGAGGAAACGGAGAAGAAGAGAACAGAGGAAGAAGAGAUCGAAGAAGAGAUCGAGGAAGACGGAGAAGAAGAGAUCAAGGAAUAAUCAUGGAAAUCGACCAUGAUUGAGGAACGAUUCUAUUAGCUCAUGAGUGCCUUAUACUGUUGCGCUGCUUGUCAUUGGUGUUGGACUUGGAUCUUUAGUUAUUACGAAACAACAUCAAAAGGAGAUAUAACAUUAUAAAUACUAAGGAGAUAUUCCAGCUCAUUCGUCAGAUUCUCAGACAUAAUCGUCGUUUAUACCUUUCCUGAAUCCGAAAUUGACAAGACCAACUUCCAGUAUGGCUCCUCUAUUCUUGACAAAGAAAAGAAAACUAGAAAUGAUGAAUGAUAAUAUCCGAACAACGUUGGAUGCUGUAACUUUAUUUUACGUCUACUUUUAUUCAUAUGUUUUGCGUUAUCAAAGCUGCGUGUUAAGAUCAAAUGAUCGUUUUGAAAUGACUACUGUACGACUGUGGGUGAUGCAAGAUUUAGUUUACAAAAGCGACACAAAAUGUAAAUCGCAACUUUUCCUCGAUAAACGUACUUUUCGAAUACUUUUCCAUAAGCUGUCCGCCAUAAGCGGACUAGAAGAUAAUAGGAAUUCUGAUGUUGAAGAAAUGGUUGCGGUAUUUUUGUAUGUAAUUGCACAUCACCAUAAGAAUAGAGUUGUAGGGUUUAUGUUCAAGCGAUCUGGAGAAACCAUUAGCAGAUAUGUGAACACGGUGUUGAAAGGAGUUAUUAGACUUCAAGGGGAGUUGCUUAAACAACCAGUUGCAGUGGCUACAAGUUCUGUUGAUGAGAGAUGGAAUUGCUUCAAGAACUGCCUAGGGGCAUUAGAUGGAACACAUAUUAGUAUCCAUGUGGCAACCGAAGACAAGCCUAGGUAUCGUACAAGGAAGAGCUCGAUUGCAACUAAUGUAUUAUGUGUGUGCUCCCAUAACUUGGAGGUUAUAUAUGUGUAUCCUGGCUGGGAAGGUUCAGCUUCCGGAUCUCGUGUUCUUAGAGAAGAAAUAUACAAAAAGAAUGGCUUAGAAGUUCCACAAGGUUACUAUUACCUUGUCGAUGCCGGUUAUCCGAAUAGUGGAGGAUUUCUUGCGCCUUUUAGAGGUCAACGUUAUCAUUUAAAGGAAUGGGGGCAAGGUCGUUUAGAACCAAGGACAGCUGAAGAACUAUUCAAUAUGAAACAUUGUAGGGCUAGGAAUAUGAUUGAACGCGUUUUUGGAUUGUUGAAAAUGAGAUGGGCAAUACUUCGGAGUCCUUCAUGGUAUCCAGUAAACAUACAUUGUCGUUUUAUCAUGGCUUGUUGUUUGAUCCAUAACCUUAUUAGGAGAGAAAUGCCUAUGGAUGAAUUUCUACCAGAAGAUAAUUAUCAAGAUGGACCAGUUAAUUUGGUUUCUCCUCAAGAAAGUCGAAUGAUAGAAUUUGUUGAUUCCUCAGAUUAUUGGGCUGUUCAGAGGAAAGAGUUAGCUGAUCAAAUGUGGGAAAGAAUCAGGGAAAGACCCACUUUGGGGCAGCAAGGCCCAGGGGCAUCAAAUGCCUGGUUUUGUGUUGGGGUGUUUCUUAAGAAUAUAAUAAUUUGAGAACUUAUUCAUGAAACUACACUAAUACAUAAAGGGAAAAUGUUUAAUUGAUAUAAAAUGUCUAGGGACUUUUUUGACAAAAUUUCUUAAACUCGUUGGUUCCUCCUUUUUCGACA